GACAGGAGGACCAAUCAGUGCGAGACGAGGAGAUGAACACAGUUUAAACCUGGUGUGAGGUGUGUGUGUGUCGUUAAUACUCUCCCUGGCGAGCUUCUGCGCCUCCUGCUGCUGUGUGUGUCCCUCCAGCGGCCAGGUUGCCUCGUCCUGCAGCACCUUUGACAGGAACCAUGGAAGAGCCUGGCGUGGAGCCAAUUGUUAAGCGCAUCAGACACUUGAGCACUCUGGUGAGCAGCUCGGGACUGGACGUUGACUCGGACGUGUCGGCCCGACAGCUUGUUGGCCAAGAGUGGCUCCUGGAUGCUCUCCUUGUGCUGUAUGAAGAGUGCAACAAUGAUCAACUCAAGCAGGAAAAAUGCAUAGCCGAUUUUGUGGAUAAAUAUCGCAGCACUGUUCAUGAACUACGAAAAUUAAGAGUCAACUUGAAUGAUUUUGAGCAGAAGAAAGUAAUUGGGAAAGGCCACUUUGGCAUUGUGCAAGUAGUUAGAGAGAAAGCCACCGGAAAUGUGUUUGCACUCAAGAGUCUUAGGAAAUCGGACACAAUAACACGGCAACAUAUUGCCUUUUAUGAAGAAGAAAGGGACAUCAUGGCAAAGAGCACCUCUUUCUGGAUAACGCAGCUGCAAUAUGCCUUUCAGGAUGACUUGCAGUUAUACCUUGUGAUGGAGUUCCAUCCUGGAGGUGAUCUGUUGUCACUCUUGGAUCGGUAUGAUGGCUUUUUCUCUGAGGACAUGGCCCGCUUCUACCUGGCAGAAAUUACACUGGCAAUUCAUGCAUUACAUUCCAUGGGUUACGUUCACAGGGACAUUAAGCCUGACAACAUUCUUAUUGACCGUUGUGGACAUAUCAAGCUGGCAGACUUUGGGUCUUCGGCAAAACUUACAUCCAGUGGAGUUGUGCGAAGUAAAAUGCCCGUAGGAACUGCUGACUAUAUAGCACCGGAGGUUCUCCAGUCGGUCAAUGAUAUGGCCGGAGACAUAACAUACGGGAUUGAGUGUGACCUUUGGUCUCUGGGAAUAAUGGCUUAUGAAAUGCUAUAUGGCCGCACACCAUUUAAAGGAGAUCAAGUUGGAACAACCUACAGUAGUAUCAUGGAUCAUAAAAAUACACUUGUAUUUGAUGCCAACAAUGAAAACCCAGUGAGUGAAUCGGCUAAGGAUUUGAUUCGUAAUUUGUUGGUAGAUUCAAACCACCGUCUAAGCCAUUCGGGUCUCCUGCAGCACAAGUUCUUCCUCCAUAUUAACUGGAAUGAUCUUAGAAAUUCUGCUCCACCAUUUGUUCCUGUUGUCAACGGAGUAGAUGACACAAGUAAUUUUGAGGAGUUUGAAAAUGAGAAGAGACUACCUAGUGUUGAUGCCUUUCUUAUCAGGCAAGGAUUCACAGGGAAGAAUCUUCCUUUUGUGGGCUUUACCUACAACAGGAAACAAGAAAAUGGUGAAGGAAGCUGUUCCUGUAAAUCCCGAGGUAAUGCAGCAAUAAACAUAUCGAUUCUUGAUGAAUCAAUCAGAGAACCAUCAUACCUAGAAGCCCAGCUGAAGGCUCAGAAGAAGGAAAAUCAUGAACUUAAAUAUAAGCUUAUGAACAUGCAAGAGAGUGAAGUUGGGCAACUGAUAAAGGCAAAGGACUUCAAGCUAAUAGAAGCACAGUGUCGUAUCGAGUUCCUGGAGAAGGAGCGGCAACGCCUAGAGGAAGAGAAUGGCAAGAAGGGGCGUGCUGCUGUGACAUAUAAGAGGGACUUGGCAUUGGAGAGGGCAGAUCGGGCCAAAAUUGAGAGUCAGACUAUUGAAUUAAUUAGGAGUAUGAAGAAGAAAUGGAAGGAUGCAGAAACUGAGAAAAUUGAUGAGCUGCAUAAUAAAUUAGAGGCGUACGCUGAAGAGCUAAAUUUCGUACGAACGCGGCACCAUGAGGUUGGAAAAAUGCUUGUCGAAAGAGAGAAGGAGUACAGAGUAAUAGAAAUUGAGAAAUUGAAGUUAUUGAAGAUGCUUAAGGAAAAGGAGAAGCAGGAAUGCAUUAAGAAUGAGUGUAAAGGAACAUGUCAGGCAACCAGUGAAGCCAAGAAGCAGCUAGAAGAUGCAAUGUUAAAACUGGAGACUGAAAGAGAGAGGGCCUCGAGUACCACAACACAGUUGGAGGAAGCAUUGAUACAAAUAAAUAGAUUAGAGACAGAAAUUAGUGAGAAGAAUCAUGUUGCACAAGAGCGGAAAAUUGUAGAGGAAAGAUUACAGGUGCUGCAGGAGAAGUUAGAGAAGGCAAAUGACGAACUGACUGCAUCUCACGCACUCCUCAAGAAUGCUAAAGAAACGGAGAAACUUGAGAAACGGAAGCAAAUUGGUAAUCUUGAGGACCAGUUAGCAAGAGAGAGAGGGGAAUGUUCUCGGUUGCGGCAUCAGUUACAGGAAAUGUCUGGGCAAUUGAAUGAGUCUAUGGCAAGUUUAGAGAGUGUAAGCUCUACUCGCAGUCUGAAGGAGGAGGAACAGGAAGGCAAGAUAAGAGAGCUCCAGCAGGAAUUGAAGAGUAUAGCAUCCGAUAGGGUGAACCUCCAAAGCCAGCUUAUGCAGGUCAAAGUCAGAGAAGGAGAACACAAGUCAAAGAUUUCCGAAUUGGAGUUUCUCCUCUCCAGACUUGAUGAAACUGUCCGCACCUUGGAAAGCAAGAAGUCUUCCACUCAGGCUUGUGAAGAGAUGUAUCGGGCAAAGUUGCAGGUACUGGAGACCCAGCUGGAAGCUGCUCGCAGUGCUCAGGUUCAGGAGAAUGAAAAUACAAAGAAGUUAUCAAAUGAGCUAACAGAGGUACAGAAGCAACUAUCGGACAGCAGGCUGGAUAUGCGUGUUACUCAAAGAGAACUGAAAUCCGCCCAAGACACCAUCUCAUAUCUACGUGACAAAAUUCGAGAGCAACGUGGUCAGCUGGAUGAAAAGGAGACUGUUGUGCAAGAAGCGGCUGAUGCAGAUCGUGAUCUUCGUAUGACUAUUGAUGAUUUAGAGAAGAAAAUAAAAUCUCGGGAGGAGGAGAUGGAAAAGCAGAAGGCUGAUCACCAGCAAAUAAUAUCAAGAAUGGAGGAGAAAAUCAAAAGUCAGGAAGAUGUCAAAAAAUCAUUGGAGCAAAUGGAAAAGCAGCUUCGUGAAGCUCGCCAAAAAUCUGACAGCAUUAAGCUUGAAAAAAGAGGAUUGGAAUCGCAGAUAAAGAUGAUGGAGUCAGCCAGGGAAAACGACAAACAAGACAAGCAGACUAUUCAAGGGAAAGUUGAUGACCUUCAGAAGAAAUUGGUGCAUUCAGAGUUGGUAAUAUCUCAGUUAAAGGAAGUGUGUUCGUCUCAAGAUGAGGAGCUCUCUCUGAUGGAAUCCCUGUCAGACAAGAUUGCGCUGCAUGAAAAUGAAGAGACCAAAUUAAAGCAAGAUAUAGAGAAGCUUCAGGAUGAAUUGAAAACAACAAAGGCAGCUGUCAAUGAAGAGAAAUCUCUCAAGCUGUUCCAGGAGAGGAAAGUCAAGGACCUGGAGACUCGCCUUCGCGAAGCAGAUCAGGAAAUGGAUAAACAAAUCCAGUGCCUCAAUAAUGAGUUGCAAGAGUCUGGGAGAAUCAAUCUGGAGCUGCAUGAGCAGAUUGAGGCACUAGAUAAAGAAGUGAAUGAAGCAAUGGCUCUUAUUCGAAAUUUAGAGCAAAAAUUAUCUGAAGUACGAGGCCAGCGUGAUCUUGUAGAACAGGAGGCUGCUGGGCACAUCCAACACAUACACACCCUCAAAGACUCAAACUUCAAGCUGACAGAAGGACUGGAGACGGCGAUAUCAAAAGCAGAGCUCUAUAAAAAAAGAAUAGAAGACGUGGAACAAAAACUGCUGGAUCAGCAGACCUCACAUGAAGAUGACAAACUGAAAAUGAAGGGCACAAUUGAUCAGCAGACAAAGCUUAUUGACUUCUUGCAAUCAAAGAUGGACUGUAAAAAGAAAAAGAAUUUCAAAGACAAAUUGUUUGGAAAGGAGAACAAGGAGAACACGGGCUUUUCUAUGCCUCAUCAGUACCGAGAGUUGGAAGACCUGUUGGCUCGGGAACGAAUAACGAGCAGACAGCUGGAAAAGCAGCUUGCCGAUGCUCAUGCUGAAAUUUUUGUUAGGAAAGCUAACGGUGGAAGUAUAGACAAGAAGGGGAACACAGCGACACCGCGUAUCUCCCGGACGCCACUCGCACCACGAACACCUGUACCAACUUGCACGCCACAUGAUAAGAGAGCUGUGCAAAGUUUUGUCAACUCUUCUGCUCAGCGAAGCUCAUCAAAGUCGCGUACGAGAAAUACAUCUCAUAGAUGGCAGGCUUGUCUGCAGAUGCGUGCUACCAGAUGUGCUGGUUGUACAGAAAGCAUCCCUUUUGCUCGAAAUGCUGCCAGAUGUUUUGAGUGCGGUAUUAUUGCUCAUAACAAGUGCUCUCAGGAGUUACAAUCCAGCUGUGGGCAUGCAGAACGCUACUCAAAGACUGCAGACUCUCCUGGAAAGAAAAGAGGAACCCAGCCUAAUUCAGAUAUUUUGAUCCAGGGAUGGCUCAAGAUGCCCAGGGCAGGCAAAGCUUGCUGGGAGAGUCACUUUGUCCGUCUGGAAAAGGAAGAACUUCUCGUAUACGAUCACGUACCAUCUUCUGGCAUGGAACCUCGUUCGAGAAUCCAGCUCUGCCAACCUGGCUGCAUGACGAGAGUAAUGUCGGCUGUUCCAAGGUCUGAAUUACCAAACACAAGCCUCGUGGAUCUUCCUUAUGUUCUUAAGAUUGAAAUUCGAGCAAGUGCUGCAGCUAGACAAUUGAAUUCGGUGUACCUUAUGACCACCAAUUUUGAGGAAAAAAAACUCUGGGCAUCAGCACUUGACAACAUCAUAGACGAGAUAAUAAAGAAAGAUGGUGAUAACCAGGCAGACUACAUAGAGCUAAAUACUCUACUAUCAAUGAGCAGCCCCAACCUGCUGGAUAUUAACUCCCUGGUCUACCUUAACAAGACGACAGUUCUUGCUGGAGCAGUGGAAGGACUGUACUCAUUUGAAGCCGAUCAGAGUGGUAAUCUAAAGUCACGAGCACGCAUCGAAGGACUCUCGGCUGUUCAUCAAAUUUUACUGGUUGAUGGAGCUGGAGUGGUACUUUUUAUUGCUGGGAAGGAUAACUUGGUGUUUAAGACUGAUUUGAGAUCACUGACGGCAACAGCUGAAGCCAUGCAACUUACCAAGCCGAGCGUGAAUCCCACACGUGUGGAGCCUCUACAGGGUUGUCAUCUCCUUGCCUCAGGUCGUACAAAAUUAGGAGAAAUAUUUGUGUGCGCAGCUGCCACAGAUCGAAUAAGCAUCCUAGUCUGGAACAACUUGCAAGAGGUGUUCACAGUGUGUCGGCAGUAUAGCACACAGGAGCCCUGCAGCUGCCUACACUUCACCCAGGUUUCACUCAUUGUCGGAGCAGAGAAAUUCUACGAAAUUGACCUCAAGACGUUUGAUAUUGAUGAAUUUCUUGAUGUAUCUGAUGCCUCACUUGCCUAUGCUAUACAUGGAUCUUCUCAGAUGUCUUCAUUUCCAGUUGCUAUAAUGCAGGUUUCCAAACCAGGGAAACAUGAAGAAUAUUUGUUAUGCUUCCAUGAAUUUGCCGUCUUCGUGGAUCCCUGUGGACAGCGUUCAAGGGAGCACGAUAUAAAGUUCACUCGACUGCCAAUAGCAAUUGCAUACAGGAGCCCGUAUUUGUACAUCCUACAUCAGAAUGCUGUGGAAGUAAUCGAGAUCCGUCCAGAUUGCUUUACAAAGGUAUCACCAGAAGCAGAAUCAGACAGUGAUUUGUGUCUACCUGUCAGAACAGCUUCCAAAAAUAUGCCAAGGCCUUCUUUUCUGGGGCCAGCUUUAUCUCCAGAAAGUAUUGUUGUAGCCUCAAGAAGUUCAGAUAAACUGGGAGUUGUGGAGAUCUGUGCGAGCUUCCCCGAAGACAUGGACCUUAACUCCACAUGGGGUACUCUACUGUCGGUCUCUCCAAAAUGAUAAUGGUUUAUGCUGAAUUAACAAGACUUAGGAAUCCUAUGUGAUACAACCAGCAGACAAGUCGGCAUUUUAUUUAUUUAUACUGUAUAUAUACAAGAAGGUACAUUGGGUUUGAGAGUACAGAGCAUUGAAGUUUACAGUCUUGCAAACAUAUGCACUAGCAUGCAUAGCAUUUCAGGCAGAACACAACCUACUACUGUAUCCAUGUUCUGUUCAUGCAGUUUGUCGCCGAAUUACAAUAAAAAAAAAAGUGACCAGAAAUCAUUAAGUGAUAACCCAGGCAUUUCCCUAUUGGUCCAGGUAAAUUAAGCCAUAAAAACAUACUGGGUUAUACAGACCUCUUAACUUUAGCUUUAUUGGGUCUUGCAAUUAAAGGUGCAACAUGUGGUCAUGAGUUUAUUACAUGCUUGUCUGUGCACUUUAAAAUAUAAUGUACCAGUAGGUAAGAAGAUAUUUUCUGACAUACUAUUUAUUAAAAAUGGGAACAGUAUAUUAAGAUUUAAUGUUGAAGGAUUACAUUUACAUGGCUUUUAAACCUAACAAUUAGCAGAGUAAAUUGUGAAAUUCUGCCAGUGUUUACAAAUACUUCCAUCUUGUGGAAGUGUUUUGGGUUUCCUCUCAACUCCAUUAACCAUACAGCCAUGUUCUUUGCCAAGUUUCCAUGAAGAUUUGUUACUUGGCUGCUUGUCAGUCAAGUUUGUAAUUGUUUGAGUAGAUAGGUAAUAACACGGCAAUCUUUACUUUUAUGUACUAAUGCUGUGUCAGUAGCAAGGUGCAUUAAUGAAAUAACUAGCACAAGUAGUUACAUUUAUUUGGGUUCUACACUAGCUUCUGGAGCUAACAGUUCAAGUUUACAUGUGACUUUCUGGGAAUCCUGGUAAAACAUUCAAUUAAAUUAAUACAGUAUUGUAAGUGAAUUUGAAAUGUUCAUAGCCUUUACCAAAGUACCCUAUAGUGCUUUUAUGGAAUGACAUUCUAUAUGAGAAGUAUAUUUUAAGUUUUUUACUAGUGAUGGUACGAUUACUUGGUAUCGAAAACCUGAUGAAUUGAGUAUUUUUCAGUAAUCUGAAUUAAGAGAAAUUUAUCAUGACUGUAUCCGAAUCAAAUAGAUUCUGGAACAUUUAAUGACAAAAUUAAUUUUUAUUUUCUUAUUUUGUAGAUUAAGGAUUACUUUAAGUAAACAGGCAUUAGCUAUACUAAUUCCUGUUUACAAAAAUAAAAUGACAACACAGAGAAUGGAAGCUUUUCCAUGAACUGUACGAGAAAGGGUGUGUACUGUAGGAAUAUUAAGAUGGAUUUACUAUACAGGUAGCAUAUAUGUUGUACAUUAAUGUAAAUAAUAUAGCAAAUUUAAACGGUUAUAAAUAUAGUAUAGUUUUGUGACUACAUACAUUACUACUUUAGUAAGAAUAUCUUCUAGUUUGUUGCUUUCAUUCUUAUUAUGUUGCAAGGCCCAUUUUCUUCUGAAUAUUAUAAAACUUUUUAUAAGAUUUAGGGGGAAGCUAUAACCACUAUGAAUUUAUUGCAAAGACAAGCACUUAGACAGGCAUCCAUUCAUUACUGACUCCAUUAGUAUUCCACAGGGAGCAUCUUGAAAAGGUAAUGACAGAGCGUGCUGAUAAAGGGAGCAAGUUAACAUGUCGUGCAGUAAGCUCACAGUCGAUUGGUCCUGGAUUAGAUUCCCGUGCAGGGCGAGACAUUAACGCACGUUUCCUUGCACCCAAUACUUCUGUCCGCCUAGUUGUAGAUACUUCGGAGUUGGACAGCAGCUGUAGAUUGCACCCUAGUCAGUUGCCUAGGAAGACCUGCCAAUGCCUAUUCACCUAGCAGCAAAGAAAUAUCUGAGAGGUAGUAAAUAGUUUUUCAUCAUGGGGUAUCAGUCAUUGACUAGUGAUAGAUAAAAGGCCAAUAGGCUUCCUGUCCCCGAUACUUUGAAACCAUUUGUCAUUUCAACUGUUCCCACUGUCACGGAGCAGUAAAGCAUCAACACGAAAGAAUCCAGAGGACAAACAAAAAAGGUAGAAUGAAAAUAUUGUUCAAAUAAUACAUAUAGAGGUAGUCCUUGAUUUGUACUGGUAUGUUUUAGCAAAAUCUUCCCAAAUCAAAGUGGGAGGUUCUGUAUGUAUAAAAAAAUAUGUUUCACAUGCCUCAAAUAUAUAUAAAAACUAUUUCCACUACUAUAAAGGACCUUUUUAACAUUAAAAACUAAUGCUUCCUCCACUUUCCAGUUACAAAUUCAGCACAAAAUGCUUUGGAUGUGCAAUAAUGUAUAAGUAUAACCUAAACAGUUAUACAGUAUGGUGAUACACUGCUGAUAUUGCUGUAUAGCAGACGUUCUGGGUUAUCAGUCUGUUUGCAUUUAGCAUGUAAAAUAUGGAGUAAACCUACCUACCUGUUAAUUUCGAGGAUAAAUGUCUCUGUGGCCCAGUUUGAUUAGGCCUCCUGCCCAAAUCAUAGUUUAAAAUAUAUAGAAAAUUGAGUUUAAAUUGUUUUGGAAAAGGGUAAAAUAAAUAAAACUAUUUAGAGUAAGACUAGACUUGAUAUAUUCAUUGAAUUUUAUUACAUUAGAUAAAGCAGCUAGAAUUUAAGGGGAUGUAAAGUCAUAAACCAUGAAAAGAGUAAUUUAAAACAAGAGCUGAAGAGGAAUGAACAUCAAUGUGCAGAAAAGUUGCUUUACAGCACAUGAAAGGUAUUAUGAAAGUAACAGGAUUCCAAUUGUAAUGUGAAAAAAGUUUGUAGUCAUUUGGAGAAGUGGCAGAGUGUCGGAAGACAAUAACAGUAAACUCCUCUAUAAAGGGUGUAGUAAUAGAAAUUAAAAUUGUAACACCAUAAAUGGGUUUUGUAUAUUAUUUUACAUAAAACGAGAGUUCAGUCACACAGGAUACUGGUGUUAGCAGUUUAUCUGCCCUUAGCAAUUAAGAAAUAACACCUUUAGAGAUUUAAUGGUCACAUUUUGAGUAGGGGUCAGAUUGUGUGAAGUGACCUUGCUAACCUGCUAAUUGCAGCCGGUUGGCCGUGUUUCCAUCAAACAAGCCGCUAUCUAGGUGAUGUAAGUAGAUAGCCAGAGGCUAUCUUUUGGAAAGCAGAGCAUAGCUUCCGGUCCCCUCAUAUAUACCAUGGAACUGUACAUUUGAGACAUUGAGCAGGACAGCGGUAGGUAGAUAGAUCGCUUGUCAAAGUUCCCACAGCCAGAUUAUACUUGUCAUGAGCCGGGUGGGGACUAUCAGCUGUAAGCACCCCCAUCCCCCCUCCAUCCCCCUCUCAAGCUUAGUCUCAAGAGACUUUGGCGAGUGAACUUGUAAGGCGACGCAUUUUGUGUUUUCCAACUUAGGCGUGUGAUUUUCAGGGGCAGUCAGCCAUAAUGCUCUCAAUUUCUUGUAUGGUGACUCAAAUUUGUGUAUUAAUGUUGACGUAUUGAACAUCAAGUGAAAUGGGCAAUAUAUGAUCCCCAUAAGUAAAUAUAUAAUUAACUUAUUUUUUUAAAUUGUCUUUUAGUCUGAUCCCUAGAUCUUAGAUUUUGAAAGUUAGAGUGGAGAGCCCUCUGAAGUUUACUGGCUUAAGAUUUUGACAAAUAUUCUUGGUUAUGCGAGUACCUGCUUACAGUUGAUACAUGAUAAAAUCAGAUAUUGUGCAAACAAGUUCCAUUCCUUGUCUUAUAUAUAAUUGAAUGGAUGGUGGCAGUAACCUUUCAAUCUUUCUACUAUUCUAGUACUUUUACUUUCUAUUCUGCUUUCCUUACUCUCAUUUUCUCCCUCUCAUUCUAAACUCCCUUUCUCCUGACCACUCUUCCUCACAUUACCUUUCCACCUCUAUCACCUUCACCCUUUUCAUUUUCCAAUACGUUACAGUAUAACUUUAAAAAAAAGUCUAGUAGUUUGGAAAAGGGAGGCAAUGUAAUUAAAUACCAAAUGUUUUGGAUUUUGAGUGCCAGAGAGACUGAUGCCUCUGUUAUUGUGGCUUUUUGUAUAGGACAACUUCAAUGUUCACACAGUUUCCGUUCAAUUUCAAGUUAAAUUGGGAUAGUUUGCAAUAGGAUGCAAUUUCUCUAUUUAUAGGCAUUGGGAAGAAAUUCCUGACUCCAUAUAGUACAUGCAGGCAUCAACAUAAGGUACAUGUGCAAUUAACUGUUCAAUUUUUUUUACUUGACAUUAUUUUUGGAUAGAGAAAUUUGGGUGAAACCAUUUUCCCAGUGACAGUAAAUUAAAGAUACUCAUUGACCAAAAUACUGUACAGUAUUGUAAAUAUCUUGGUAGAAGAGUAUUGUCAAAUUCACCAAUGUAUUUAUGAUUAUCUGUAGUCUUGUACAUAGAGCCAAUAAAAUAGUGUAGAACA